CAAAACAAGAAAGGCACAAACGUGAAAAGAAAGCCGAGCAAUUGUUGGCUAGAAUCAGUCAAUAUUCUAAUCUUUUCAAGUACAUUUUGUUAUGAUAAAGAUAUCCUCGAUCAAAAGUGGAAGAAACAGGCGGGAAAAUUACUAUGGUACACAGCAACUUUGUACGAAAACAACUUUGUCUUUACUUCAAGAUCAUCACCUUAGCAUGUAUUGUUGUGUAUGUCCUAUCAACUAUCAUCAGUUUUAUUCCCAACGUCAGUCAUCGUUCAAAGUUCAAAAAGGAUGGCAAAGGACAGGAGAGAGGUACAAAUUCUGUGAACAGGGUGAAGAUUCAAGAAAGCAACAAACGAAUCAACGAACAAACUUCAUUCCUCGGACGAUGGACGGCAGUAGCCAAGGAAAUCUUUGCUAACGCUGGUCAAAAUAUAAACACAGAGCUCUAUGGGAAGCUGAACGUUCAUCGAUGGUAUUCCAUAUGUGGGAACACCGUGGACAACCUUAGAAGACAUAUUUUAUUUCCGAAGCAUCCAAGAUUAAGAACAACUACCUCUCUUCUUCGCAUGCGGACGACUCUUCGUGAUUUUGGCCAGCGAAUAUUCGGAUACAUUCAUCCACCGCUGACUGGAACCUAUCAAUUUGCAGUCUCGUCCGAUGAUUUUUCCGAGGUUUGGUUGAGCGAGAAUAUGACACCGAAUAAUACGAAUUUGAUAUGUCAGGUCGGUGGUUUGUACAAAGGAGUCUACAUUGUGGGUUCAACCGGGCCUGGACAGUUUGAUAAAUAUGUCAGUCAGAUAUCACAGUAUAUUUAUUUGGAAGAAGAUAAGAAGUAUUACUUCGAAGUUUUGCACAAACAAGGCGAAGGUAAAGGCCACGUGCACGUCGCGUGGAAAAUACCAGGAAAGAAGUACUUCACGAUAAUAACCAAGCAAUUCUUAUCGCUGUUCAUGAAAGAACAACAAGGCCAUUCAAAGCCAGAAGAUGAAGUGUUAUCUGACGAGAUAAUACUCAGGCACCAUAAGCACAUGCGUACAAAAUAUCAUCACUCGGGUGGAUAUCGCAACUUUACGAAGCUUACCCGAGCAGAAGAGAUACCUUUAUUACGUCAUCUUCGGAACAGGUUACCAGUGUGUAAUAGAAAAGAGAGACAGUUUCGUAUUAAGUUACAUCGUUAUCAAGGAAUCAGAUACGCUCAGAUUCCUAACGUUUACCCACAAGAUGGAUCUGGACUGGUCAUUCAGAUAUGCCAGAGUGCAAAAAGCUCAGAUGAGUGCAAAGGAAAUCCGUUGUUUGAGAAAGGAAAGGCUUAUUCCGUAGCUCGGAGAUUCCUGAACGCAACAUUUCCAAAACGUUAUUCCCUUUUGUCAGUGAUCAGAUCAGAAUUAGUGUUUGAAAAGCACACGAAGGAUGAGCGAUAUUUCAUGGAACUGGAAAUUUAUGAUAGCAUGGAGAACAAAACAUGGAGAGUUGCCGAUCACGUCGUGGAGAAAUUCAUCUCGGGUAACCUGUGUUAUCUUGCGCCAUCGGUAUGGCAACCUGACGUCACUGUCUACGUCAUAAUCACGGUUAAGAACCAGGGUGUAUGGGUCCAACAUUUCAUUGACAAUAUAGUCGACAUACAGGAGGCAACUGGUGAUCAAAAUAUUCAUCCAAUUAUUGUGGAUUUUGGAAGCAGAGACUCUGAUACCGGCACGUAUUUGAAACGCAGUCGUCUGAAACAUUAUUCGGUCAUUCACAAGAAAGGACACUUCUAUAAAACAGCAGCGAUAAACGAAGCAGCAGCAUCCGUGAAAAAUAACAACAGCAUUAUAUUCCUCCUUGAUCUUCAUCUUGAUCUGCCUGUGAAUCUUAUCCAGACUGUACGCAAGCAUACAAUCCAGGGACACAUGGCCUUUGUUCCGCUGCUAACCCGCCUUAUGUGUGGAAGCUCUCCUGACUUUCCCACUGGCCACUGGGAAGAACAAGGCUAUGGCUUGUUCGCGAUAUACAAGUCAGAUUGGUCACGAUUUGGUGGCAUGAACUCUAAAGAAUUCCAUGACCACUGGGGUGGCGAAGAUUGGGAGAUGAUCGAUAGAGUUAUUGCCAAAAAUAUCCUUGUACAUAAAUUGAAGAUGCCUGGCUUGUUUCAUUUCUUUCAUAAUAGACGAGGCAUGUGGGAUAAAGCUGUAUAAAGAAGUUUUCAUGUGUAAAAUUUUACACAAUGUGCACUUAUUCAUCAUUUUUAUAUUCUCCCUGAGGGAAGAUAUCAGCGUAAUUUUCUCUGCGGUUGUUAACCAAAAACAAGACGUUAUUUUAGAUAGGUUUUCUGGCGCUCUUUUGUCUACGUGCUUCACUAAAAUUGCAUCAAAGGUUUGCUCCUUUAGUAACAACAGACGACCCUUACUGGACCUUAAACUGAGCAGUUUGAGUUGCUAGUUACAUUGGAUCAAUAAGGGGUAGCGCUUACUGAAUCUCUAGGAAGAACCUUCAACGGUUUAGCCUGUGCGGUGUGGAGAAAUUGUUGGCUUACACUCGGGCUAGAACAGUUUAGAA